AUCAAUUCAGUAAUUUUUUGGCCAUGCAUAGUCGUGUUUUCUGCAGAAAUUUCUUGUGAAGUGUGAAUAAUUAUGUUUUAUUAAAGAUAAUUAAUUAAGAAAAUAAUAUUAAAGUGUGAAAAAUUCAAUAUUGUUAUAGUGCGUAUUUAAAUAAAGUCAAAAGCAGUUAAAGCAUUGAAUAUUUAAGAUAAAAAGUUAAUGAGAACGAAAGUUAUAAAAGAAAAAGAACAGCAGUAACAACAAUAAUUACAAAAAGAAAACGAAUAAUAACAGCAACAAUAAAGCACCACGGCUGAACCGACAUAUAAUAAAAUAACGAAAAAAUAGAAAGCAAAGAGAGAGAGAGGAAUAACAGACAAAAGCAAACAAGGAAGAAAGAAGCAGCAAUCAACGAAUCAAACUAGCAAACAACAAACAAACGAAAUCGCACACUUUACAGCCAGCAACAUUUUAAGGCUUCACUCAAAAAAGUUGAGGGUGUUGCCUGUAUAGAAUUUAUUGGUUUGUUGUUUCUGUUCGCGUUAAUAAGGUGUGCGUGCAACCCGAGGAGGAAGAACACAUAGUAUACAAACAAAAUACAAAGGUAUAAACUCAUAAAGGGCACUACAUUUCAAUACGAAUAUUGUUAACAAUAUUUAUAUUUUAGAAAAUUGUUUGAUUUGUUGCAACAACAACUAGCUAAUCGGCAACCACCAUCCAACAACUUUAUUAUUUCCAAGUCGUGUGUAUGGGUGUUGAAAUUUCUACAAACAAUAGCAACAAAAACCCAUAAAAAAGGCCAACUCUUUGUGUAUGCGUGUGUUUGAACGCGUGUGUAUGGUGUAUGCGCUGUUUUGCUAACGUCGUCGACGUUGUUGUGCUGGUGUUGUAAAUCUCUUUACCGUAACCUAAGAAUAGAAGCGAAAAAUUGUCAAAAGAUACCUGUUGGUACUACGCUAGGCGUUACCCAUAAGUUUCUACAUAUUCCUUUUUGGGACUUUUUCUCUCUCACAUUUUCUCUACUUCGUGUCUUCAUCAUACAAUACAAUUUGCCAGAAGUAGCGAAAAAAAGUGUUUUACACAAACAGGCAGAACAAUUUCCAACAUCUGUAUAUUGAUUUGCUGCCGCAGGUUGUUCAUUUAAUUUAUUUUCUAAAGACUCAUCACAACAACAGUUGAACAUUAUUGUCAUUCAUCAUCAAUAAAAAUUGUCUUAUUGAAGGGUCUCCUCAAAGUAAUUUGUAGUAGUGAAUAUAACUAUGGCCGAGGCAGCAGCUAGUGCACCAACAGCAGCGGGUUGUUCCAGCCAGCCACAGCAACAACCGAAUAAUAAUGGUGCUACUGCAGCCAUAGUGCAUUCGGAUAAUCCAAAUGCCGAAGUUAUUCGUGGUCAAAUUUUCGAAGUUGGUCCACGUUAUCGUCAUUUGGCCUACAUUGGUGAAGGUGCUUAUGGUAUGGUGGUAUCUGCCUGUGAUACACUAACAAAUACAAAGGUGGCGAUUAAAAAGAUAUCACCAUUUGAACAUCAAACAUAUUGUCAGCGUACGUUGCGUGAAAUCAAAAUUCUAACUCGUUUCAAACAUGAAAAUAUCAUUGAUAUACGUGAUAUUCUGCGUGUGGACAGUAUAGAACAAAUGCGUGAUGUAUAUAUUGUACAGUGUUUAAUGGAGACUGAUCUAUAUAAAUUACUUAAAACUCAGAGGCUAAGCAAUGAUCACAUCUGCUAUUUUCUAUAUCAAAUAUUGCGUGGCUUAAAAUACAUACACUCGGCCAAUGUAUUGCAUAGAGAUUUGAAACCAAGCAAUUUAUUAUUAAAUACAACGUGCGAUUUGAAAAUAUGCGAUUUUGGUCUAGCCCGUGUUGCUGAUCCCGAACAUGAUCACACUGGUUUUCUUACCGAAUAUGUGGCCACACGUUGGUAUCGUGCACCAGAAAUUAUGCUCAACUCAAAGGGCUAUACCAAAUCAAUAGAUAUUUGGUCAGUAGGUUGCAUUUUAGCAGAAAUGCUUAGCAAUAGACCCAUUUUCCCAGGCAAACAUUAUUUAGAUCAAUUAAAUCACAUAUUAGGUGUAUUAGGAUCACCCUCCAAAGAGGAUCUAGAGUGUAUUAUAAAUGAAAAGGCCCGCAACUAUUUGGAGUCAUUACCAUUUAAACCAAAAGUGCCAUGGUCCCGGCUAUUCCCCAAUGCCGACCCAUUGGCUUUAGAUUUACUGGGUAAAAUGUUAACGUUCAAUCCUCACAAUAGAAUACCCGUUGAAGAAGCAUUAGCGCAUCCUUAUUUGGAACAGUAUUACGAUCCAGGAGAUGAGCCCGUUGCUGAAGUACCCUUCCGAAUUGGCAUGGAACUCGACGAUCUUCCAAGAGAAACAUUAAAAACAUUAAUUUUCGAAGAAACUCUUAAGUUCAAAGAACGACAACCAGAUCAGCAAGCGGUAUAAAGUUCUAACAUUUAAGACUUUAAUAAGGAGCCAAGUGAAAAAAUAUUUAGAAAACCACAACAAACAACAAAAACACAAAACAUACAAGAAAAAACAACAACGUAACCUGCAUUUUUUAUUUAUACAUACAACAAAAUACACUACACACUAUUUGUUCUACUACAUAGUGUUUCCAAUCACCAUCAAUCACAUCAACUUCUAUCAUUCGCAUUGCAAUACAAAACAAACAAAAAAAGAAAACAAAUAUUUAAUUUUAUAAUAUUUGAGAAAUUAAAACAAAAUAUUAUUAUUGAUACUGUGCUAAAUGGAAAAUGAUGUAGAUGAGAAUUGUUGCCACCGCGUGAGUGCUCCAAUUGCUGUUGAUGCUGCUGCUACUGAAAAUGUUUUAAAAAUUUAGUGCUUCACCAUCAUUGUGAUCUUAAACAUAUACAAACAAACAAAACAAACAAACAAACAAAAAACCAACAUACAUAAAUAAAUAAUAAAUAUACAUAUUUAAUUGUACUUUCUCUUUCUUUCCAUUGUAUUCAAAUGUUCGUAUUUCUUACUUCUUAAAAAACAUAAUUAUUUCGUUUUUUUAUAUUAUUAUUUUUUAUUUUUAUUAUUAUAUGUUUAUUUUUAACUAACAAUAAGUUAUAAAAAGUAAUUCUUUCCUUUUUAUUUUGGGUUAAUGUUCAAUCAUUUUGUGAGUGUAGUUAAAUCAAAAACAAACAAAACAUGCAAAUUAUUCUAAUUAUUAUUAUAAUUGUAAUUAUUGUCUUCAUAUUAAAAAAAACAACAAACAUAAAUCGAAACAAAAACCUAUUAAAAACAAAGAUGAAAAGUGCACGCGAUUUAUUUGUAUUUUUAGAAUUUUAAAUCAUAAAAAAACAAAAUAUAUAUUAUAAUAUUAAAGUAUGGCAAACAAAAAAAAACAAAAAGAAACGUUUUUAAUGAAUUGAAAACAAAACAAAAAACAUAAAUAUUAUACAAUUUACUAUAUUAAUAUACAUUUCAAAUAUUAAACAAAUCAAACAAACACA